UUUUCAGAUCGGAGGAACAGGCCCUAUUUCAGGACCUGUUCAUAGCCAAGGAUGAAGACGUAGGACAAUUUGUGGACUAUAUACACAAAUCAACCAAACAUUUAAGACUGCAGAUUAUAAGUGUAUAACGACAGUAACCUUUUAGCCUGUAAUGACGGUGUGCCUGACUUAAUUUUAUGCAUUCUAGACUUUUGGAAGAGGUGUCUGUGGUGGGCAAUGGUCAGCAGCCAGAGAGACCUCUCACAGAUCCAGCAGCAAACUGGACGAGGAGGGAUUGGAGCUAGCGGUGUGCAGACAUGGGGUGCUACUUUGUGCCCUGAACAUGUAUAGGGGUGAGAUAUUUGCAUACCCCUUGUACUUGCAGCAAAGGCUGGCCAACAGACGGAUCACAUUUUUUUGCAUGGAUGUAACAUGCAAGUACUGGCCAUAUCUUGAGAAAGUAUCGAAAAGCUGUCCUGAGCUCCAACACCUGCUUCAAAUGAAGCCAUUCCUCUCCGUGUUCCAUGCCAAAGCCCAUGACUUCAAAUGUGAGGCUAAGUGGAGUGGAGCAUAUCAAGAUGGUGCUGGCUUGACUCUAGGGGAAGAAGUUGAGCAGUGCAAUGCAUUUCUCUCAAGGAUUGCUGUUACGACAAAACAUAUGUCAAAAGCUGGACGGACAGACAUGCUGACUCUUAUGGCCAUGCGCUGGAAUCAGCAAAAACUUGACAACUUGGCCACCUCACUAACCCGUCGAUAUCAGAAGGCCACAAAAGCUCUUCAAAAACAACAUCAGAACUUGGAGUCCUUAAAAAUUGAGCUUUUGGUGACUGACAGUCAACUUGAUGACUGGGUCCAUGAUAUUAAGGAGUGGGCAAAAGCAACAUCUAGCACAACUUAUCCGGACUCCUUGGCAGGCAGAAUUGAGGUUCUGGCUGCGAGCAUCAAAAGGCGAUCUCAGCGUCUUUAUAAAAACAUAGACGGAAACAAAGCUCGUGCCAAGGCUCGUCGCAAAAUAAGACAGGAGAAAAACAUCUUAGCAUUGGCUUUAGAAAACUACAAGACUGUUACAGGCACAGAAGCACUAUCUUUAGAAGAGAUCCUGUCCGGUGACACAGCAUUGCCAUGGCAGCAAUCAGACAGUGACUCUGUCAGUCUUGCCACAAAAAGGAGGGCAUUCGAUGGCAUUAUGACAGUAAAGAGACUGGAAGAGGAAAAGAGGAUCCUCAUAGGAGAGAUGGACCGUCAUUGGAAAUCUCUGUCAUCCUAUAAAGAUGCUCUAAAGGAGCUUCCCCGCCUGUUAUCGAGAGGCAAAUUUAAAAGUUCGUCCUGUUCCCUAACUGAUGAAGCUCUAAGAGGUCUCCAGAGCAUCAUCCUCAGAGAGCUACAGCACUUAAAACAAAUGAAACUGCAGGCAAGAGAACAUUAUCUACAGACUUUGUCAGGAGCAGAAAGUGUUAGUUUUGAUGAUACUUCUGAUGACGACUUUGGUAGUGACUCGGAAGCUUCUGAUAAUAAAUAGUCUGUAAUAAUUUGUGCAUAUACUGCUGACAAAGAUCUACACUAGCGUGACAGUAUUCGGCUCCUUCUGGAUUGACCAAUAUGUCACAAGUAAAGUAUGUUUGCUCAUAAGUCACAAAGAGACACAAUUCUGUUUAAAUUUGUUCUUGGGCUUUCAUGUUUCCAAAUUGGCAGUGUUUUAUUUCGGUGAUUCUUUUUUUUAAAAUAGUUAAUAUGUUUGUGCCUUUUUACUUUCUAAAAGGGCUUACUAGGGCUGUGAUUACUUGCGCAGGCAUGUCAUUCAUUUUGUUUCUUUUUCAUUAUGUUUCUCCAUAUCUACUGUAUUUAAAGAUAAUAGUAAGAGUAAUUUUACUGUAGUUAAUAAUUUUAGUUACUACUUUUACUUCAAAUGGAGUAAUAGCAGUUGUGCUUAUGUUUAGCAGUUUAAAAAUGGCUACAACACUACAUUAAGCAGUUGCAGUGAUUCUGUACUAACCAAGACAUCUUUUUGGAUAUUAUACUUUUAUUUUCUUUUUUUAUUAACAUGUGCAG